AUGGCGUCCCGGAGACUGGCUUUGAACCUCUCGCGAGGUCUGCGAAACCGUGCUGGUCUUUCGGCCGCCGCUCCUUUCACACGAGGCUUUGCCACCCCUUCUACUGUCGGCAAGACUCAGACUUCGACUCUUAAGAAUGGAUUGACUGUCGCUACCGAGCACUCGCCCUUUGCGCAAACGUCGACCGUCGGUGUCUGGAUCGAUGCCGGUUCCCGGGCUGAGACUGACGAGACCAACGGUACCGCCCACUUCCUUGAGCAUCUCGCUUUCAAGGGUACCGCCAAGCGAACUCAGCAGCAAUUGGAGUUGGAGAUUGAGAAUAUGGGUGGUCACCUGAACGCCUACACUUCGCGCGAGAACACCGUCUACUUCGCCAAGGCCUUCAACUCUGAUGUUCCCCAGUGUGUCGAUAUCCUCUCCGAUAUUCUCCAGAACUCCAAGCUCGAGGAGUCCGCCAUCGAGCGUGAGCGCGACGUUAUUCUCCGAGAGUCCGAAGAGGUUGAAAAGCAGGUUGAGGAGGUUGUUUUCGAUCACCUCCAUGCUACUGCUUUCCAGCACCAGCCCCUUGGCCGCACUAUCCUUGGCCCUCGACAGAACAUCCGCGACAUCACCCGAAAAGAACUCACCGACUACAUCAAGAACAACUACACUGCUGACCGUAUGGUUCUCGUUGGUGCCGGUGGCAUCCCUCACGAGCAGCUCGUCGAGCUCGCUGAGAAGCACUUCUCCGGUCUCCCCUCAAGCGCUCCCCAGACCAGCGCCUACCUUGCCUCCAAGCAGAAGGCUGACUUCAUGGGUUCUGACGUCCGUGUCCGAGAUGAUGGCAUGCCUACUGCUAACAUCGCCCUCGCUGUUGAGGGUGUCAGCUGGAACUCUGAGGACUACUUCACUGCUCUUGUCGCUCAGGCUAUUGUUGGCAACUACGACAAGGCUGUUGGCCAGGCUCCCCACCAGGGCAGCAAACUCAGCGGCUGGGUCCACAAGCACGACCUUGCUAACAGCUUCAUGAGCUUCUCCACUAGCUACAACGACACUGGUCUUUGGGGUAUCUACCUUGUUUCCGACAAGCCUGACCGAGUUGACGACCUCGUCCACUUCGCUAUCCGUGAGUGGAUGCGCCUCUGCACCAACGUCAGCGCCGCUGAGACCGAGCGUGCUAAGGCUCAGCUCAAGGCCUCCAUCCUCCUAUCACUCGACGGCACCACAGCGGUUGCUGAGGACAUUGGCCGACAGCUCGUGACCACUGGCCGCCGCAUGGCCCCUAACGAGAUUGAGCGAAAGAUUGAUGCUAUCACCGAGAAGGAUAUCAUGGAUUUCGCCAACCGAAAACUUUGGGAUCGGGAUAUUGCUGUUAGCGCUGUUGGAACUAUUGAGGGUCUCUUUGACUACCAGAGACUUCGCAACACCAUGAAGCCCAAGUUUUGA